AUGGCUCAAAAUAGGUUCCUGUGGUGUGGUUUCCUCUUGGCCAACGUUGCUGCCGCCUUUUGGGGAGGAAAGAAGCAGGUGGUGACGAGCCCCCGCCACGACCUCAACCUCAGCCCCUUCGAGAUCCUACAGUCGGGCUCGCAGCCCUCUGAGGUCUACACCGUCGCCUUGAGCGAGCUACAGGAUCUCGAGUCCGAACCACUCUGCCACCGAAUCGCCGCGAGACUGCUGGUUGGCAACUGCCAGCUACUUGACGGCAAGAAUGAGGCAACCGUACUGACAGACAGCGGUCGACAGAUUCGAGACUUUGUCGAUUCUUACGCGGCGAGCAUGGCCAUCUGCGACCUCGAGCGCGGCAGGUUCACCAUCCCCUCUGUUUGCGAAAAGUUUCGCGAGCCCAGUCUCGGCCAGUUGUCGCUCGGUGGCCACGCACAACUACACGUUACCUCUCGCGAGAUCGACCACUGCCUUUCCGGUCUGGCUGCAGAAAACUCAGCAUGGUCGACCUGGGUCAGCUAUCGCCACAAGGCCUUGCGUUUCUGCGAAGCUGCAAGAGCAGAUCAAGAGAAGGCUCAAAACAUCCUCCUCUACCAACGUCUUAUUCAGGUCAUGGCGAAAUUGACACACGGCGUUGAGAUCGAGAUCCAAAAGCACAUGGAAAACAUCGAGCUCCGGGUGCAGAGGACGGGCGCCAUAUUAGAGAACCUCGAGCCAGAACUCGACCGUUUGAGGGAAAAGCUGGCCAAAGUAGAUGACUACAUUUCUCACGACUUGGAAAACACGUUGAAGAAGUCCAGCGAAUCAAUCAGUACCGGGUUCAACGACGCCACGAAUCUACAACAAAUAAUUGCGGUGAUGAUGCAGACUGUGCUUGACAGUACAUCACAAGUUGCUGCUGCACAGGAGAAGAGCAUGGAGGUUUUCGGCAAGGGAAGUGAUGGGCUCGACAAGUGGGCCGAUGCAGUGGCCACAGCUACCGAAUCCGCUCUGUCAUUGAACAGCCAAAUUGAGUUAUCUGCACGUCAACAAGCACUGGCUGGAGGCUUGGAUCGUCUCACAACUACUGCGGAAGACCUAUCUCAAAAGCACGACGACCACGCCCGCGCUCUUGGAGAAGCCCAAAAUAUUACGAACGACAUUCUCGGUACCCUCGAUGAGGUAGCCGCCUCGGCCAUGAUCCUAGAAGAAGCCACACUAUCCCUUUUUGGAGGGUUUGGCCUCUUCAAGUGGGUUUCCUACAUCGUCAGUCCAGUUGUGACAUUGAUGCUUGGCUCAUACGGUCUUGAGCCCUCAGCCAUGCGCAACUUGGGUUUGGUCGUCCUGGGCGAACUCGUCGGCUUCUUGGUUUGUCAUGCCGACCGCAUCUUUAUGCCAUGGUCUUACUUUGCUACGACCAACGCAAUGGCAAAUGGCACAGCCACCACCCUCUAG